AUGGUGGGUGUACUGGUGGUGCUGCUGCUCAUCUAUGGCCUCCUUCCGUCCAACUCGGUCACGGAGUUCUCAGCGACGGCGCCGGCAAAGUCGGUGGCCUCGGACAGUCUCUGUGCCAUUGCCUUCACGCUGCCGACCGCCACUCCGGCCUCGCUUGCUCUCUCGUCGCUGUCUGCUCUGGACGAGUCCUACCCAGACUGCGUGACUGUUGUCUACACCAUUACACGAUUCGUUCCGGUGGCGCUCGCACGCGCGCUGACCGAAGUGGGUGCCCCGGUCCGCGAGGUCGACCCAGAGCUGGCCGAGGCGCCUGCGGUGUGGGGCCUGUCUGCCAUCGGUCACGCGCCAGAUGAUACCCGGCUGCUGUUCCGGACGGUUGAGGGCUUGCACGGCUCACGCGAAGCUGCGGCGUCGGCCGAGUGGCUCGAGCUCGCAGAUGAGUUCGCAGUGCAUAUCAUGCGCGACUCGCCGCGCGAUAUCUCAAGGGCCGGCUCGCUAGCAGCCUUCGACCUGCGGGUCGACGAUGAAGCGAGUACGUUGGUGGCGGCGGUCAAGGCCGCACUGGCAGAAGGCCGGUCCAAGUCGGCGCAGCUCCAGGCGACGGUGAUGUCGACGCUGCUUGCGCGCCGUUCUGACACCGUCCUUGUUCACGACGCAGCGCCGUGCUCGGGAGCUCCUGGGGCUCGCCCAUUCCCUGCAAAUGCGAGAUUGCACCCGCCCGCGGGUGUGGUCGAUGGCGACGACCAUAUUUGGCCACCCGAGCUUGCUGCCUGGCGCGACGCGCAAUGUCCAGGCCCGGACGCGCAGGACAAGAUAAUCGCUAUGGCGCUGCCAGCCGACGCACCUGCAGCGAGCCUGGGCGCGCGGGCAAAUGUUGCCCUCGCGGCCAAGCACUUUCCGGGCUACACAGUGGUGUUCUUCUUUGAUCCGGCGGCGGAGCCUUCCGACAAGCUGGCCGCCGAGCUGACGCAGGAGGGCGCUGUUCUCGAGCCGUUGCCCAAGUGGUUUGUGCGCGCGCGGCGGGCUGCAAACGUGUCGGUUGCAGUCUGGCCGUGGCUUGCUGCCGCGGACCCGAGGUAUGACGUGGUUCUUGUCCGGCCGGUCCUCGGCCGGCUCUCGGCGCGCGACGCAGGCGCAGUGGCCGAGUGGCUCAGCCAGCCGGGCUCGGCACUCAUGAUUCAACUCGAUCACCCGCUGGUGAGCGGUAUGCUGGGCGACGGCGUGGUGGCACGGCGCGGCCUGCCUCCGAUGGGCAUCGGUGCAGCGCUGCACCGGGCAGCGUCGGCCGGCGCGGCGCUUCCAGCCUUUCUCCUCGACGUGUCCCGGCGGCUACUCCCGCUCCGCGCCGAAACGGUGACGUUCGCCGGGUGCUCCUCGGUCCUGGAUGCUCUCAUGGCAUCAAGCUCGUCCGAGGCGCGGCCGUAUCCGGAGCCCCGGAAGGCUGGCGAGUAUGUGGGCCAGCGGUUUGAUGCUGACGGCAAGCCAGGCCACGAACGGAGCGCUGAACUGGAGGCUGCUGGUCCGGACUGCAGUGGAGGGGCUGUUCCGGCGUCGACGUCCAAGCCGACACCGGCACCGACGACGGCACCGACGCCGGCGCCGACGCCGGCGCCGACGCCGGCGCCUGCCAAGGAUGUGAUGAACUACAAGCCCGAAGGUGGUGACGGGCUGUACAAGGUGGCUUCAUUCGGGUUAUACGGAGCCAACCCGCGGUACAUGGACGGCGCGCUGGAAAACGCGCGGCUGUGUGCGGCCAACUGGCCGGGCUGGGUCACGCGGUUCUACGUCGACGACACGGUGCCGAGCAAGGUGCUCGACCAGCUCCGUGAGCUUGGAGCCGAGAUUGUGACCGAGACCUCGGGCAUCAAAGGUGGCAUUUCUGGUAUGUUCUGGCGGUUCCUGGUUGCUGCCGACGAGGAGGUCGACAUUUACAUUGUGCGCGACGCUGACUCGCGGCUGACGGCGCGUGACAAGGCCGCGGUCGACGAGUGGCUGGCGUCGGACAAGAUGUUCCACAUCAUCCGCGACCACCCGUCACACUCGGGCUUUGCCAUCUCAGGCGGUCUGUGGGGCGGGCGCGAGUUGCUGCCCAACAUUGUCGAGCUGAUGAAGGGAUCGGACACGAACAACUACAUUGGCGACAUGCACUUUCUAGGCGCACGAGUCUGGCCAGCUAUCAAGGACCGGACCUUCCAGCACGACUCGUACUCGUGUGUCAAGUGGGGCGGAAAGGGUCUGCCAACGCCACGCCCGGCCGACGGCGAGCACGUUGGCGCCGUUUAUCUCAACGGCGUCAUGCGCGCCGGCGACAUCGCCAUCAUCAUGGCCACGCCUGAGCCGCCCGAGUGCCACAACGGUGUCUACCACCCGCACACGUAAACGCUCCGGGAGGUCUCA